AUGACUUCUCUACAUCUACUCACCCUUUCUCUGGCUGGCCUGGCGGCGGCCAAUUGGAAUGUAUCCGUGGCAGGAACUCCAUGUGCCUGUGCACAGCUUGGGUUCUCCUACCCGGACAAGGUCCUCUUUCCGUCAUCUGCAAACUAUACAGUCGAGGCUACCAGCUACUGGGAUAUCCGUGACGACCUUCACCCAUCGUGUAUCUUCCUCCCAACUACCGCUGAUGAAGUCGCGAACGCCGUGAAAAUACUUACCCACUGCGAUGCGCACUUUGCUGUCCGCGGUGGUGGACACAUGAAUUUCCCCGGAGCCAACAAUAUCGACAACGGCGUCCUCAUUGCAUUGUCUGGAAUGGACCAAUUCGCCGUCCACAACGAGACCAUUGACGUCGGACCAGGCAUGACAUGGUACGACGUCUACUCUGCCCUCGACCCCUACGGACGCAUCGCUAUCGGCGGCCGUCUUAAGACCAUCGGCGUACCCGGCCUAACUCUUAUCGGCGGCGUGCAUUACUUCAUCAACAAGUACGGAUUUGCCAUGGACAACGUCGUCCGGUACGAGGUGGUGCUGGGGAACGGGACGCAGGUCGUUGCAUCCGCGACCUCGCACCCGGAUUUGUUCUGGGCGUUGAAAGGCGGCGCGAAUAACUUUGGGAUCGUGACCAAGUUUACGCUGAAGACGUUUGCAAUUCCGAAGAUCAGCACCACAAUCCAGAGCUUCAAUGAGUCCGGAAUCUAUGAUUUUAUCACCGCGCUAUGUGAUCUGGUCAAGCUCGAUGAGCCGAAUCCCAUCGGGGCAGGCGGCGUCUUCACGAUCAAUUACAAUGCCACGACGAAGGUGUCUUCUGCUUCGCUGAUUGGGGUGCAGGAAGGCGUUAGCAGGCCUCCGUCUCAGUUCGCCAAUUUCACUGCCAUCCCUGGCGUGUCAAAGAUACACAAUGUGACGACAGGGAAACAGUUUGCUUCGGGACUCAUCACCCCGAAUCAGAUGUUCCGCGUCAUGUUCUCUCACCACACCGUGCAGCCCGACCCCGAGACCCUCUACUCCAUUUAUCAAGCGUGGAAGAGCGCGGUCAAUGAAAUAUCCGACGUGCAAGGCCUCUACCCGACCUUUGUCAUGAACCUCUCUCCAGCAGGCGCAGCGCGAGUAGCCAAGACUAAUGGAAUUGGAAAUGUGUGGGGUCUGGACGAACAGCCCAUGAUAUUGUGGCAAUUCAGCACAGGCUGGGAUCUCGCGUCUGACGAUAUCCGCGUGCAAACCUGGUCGCGUCGGCUCGCGGAGUCUCUGCACGCCAUUAACAAGAAGAAAGGAAUUAGCUCCGAGUUUGUGUAUAUGGGCGAUGCGGGCGAGUGGCAGGAUCCGUUUGCGGGGUUCCCUGAAGCCAAUGUGCAGCGGAUGAAGGCAGUCCGGGCUGCGUAUGAUCCUCUCAGAACUUUCUCCAGGCUGAACUGGGGUGGGUUCAAGCUUGGAUUUGACUAG